AGGGGAGGGGACCGCAGCGGAGACGCGCGCGCCGAGCCCACCCCCCGCGCCCGCCGCCGCCGCCGCCGCCCGGACAAUAAACAGCCGCGCGCGGGGCGAUGCCCGAGCCGGUGCCGCCGCCCCCGCGCCGCGCAGCCCCAGCGCUCAGGCCUUAGCCCGGCGGGCCGCGCCCGCCGCCGACCCCCGCCCUCGCGCCCGCCCCCGCCCGGUCGCGGGGGGCCCACCCGGACGUCGGUCAGCGGGGAAAUGGAGGUCCCUGCGGCAGGUACCCCGUCCCAGCAGGAGCGGCUGCAGGCCAUCGCGGAGAAGCGAAAGCGGCAGGCAGAGAUCGAGACCCGGCGCCGGCAGCUGGAGGAUGACAGGAGGCAGCUGCAGCACCUCAAGUCCAAGACGCUGCGGGAGCGCUGGCUGCUGGAGGGGACGCCGUCCUCCGCCUCGGAUGGGGACGAGGAGUUCCGGAGGCAAAUGCAGGAGGACCAGCAGAGGGUCCAGAGCCUGGAAGCGUCCAUCUGCAGCCUGGAGAAGGAGCUGGAGGCGCUGGAGAAUGGAGAGGCCCUCCCUGGCUCCAUGAGGGAGAACUCAGCGGCCCCCAGCCCUGCCCGAGCCCUGGCUCUCAGCCCCGCCCUGGAGGAGCCCAAGGCCGAGGUGGUGCUGAACUCACAGCAGACCCCGCUGGGCACACCCAAAGAGCCGAGCGUCUCCCGCACCCCUGUGAGGACAGCCGAAGGCUCGACCAUGAUGAAGGCAGCCAUGUACUCGGUUGAGAUCACGGUGGAGAAGGACAAAGUGACGGGGGAGACCAGGGUGCUGUCCAGCUCCACCCUGCCCCCCCGGGGGCCGCUCCCCCAGGGCAUCAAAGUCUACGAGGACGAGACCAAAGUGGUCCACGCCGUGGAUGGCGCCUGUGAGAACGCCGUCCAGCCGCUGAGCUCCUCCGAGGUGGACGAACUCAUCCACAAAGCAGACGAGGCGGCGCUGAGCGAGGGGGCUGCGGAGGAGGCCGUGCGGGUGACACCCACGCGGCGGCAGAUCGCUGGGGUGCAGGCGCAGCCGGGUGAGGCCACAUCGGGCCCGCCGGGCCCGCAGCCCGGCCAGGAACCCCCGGUCACCAUGAUCUUUAUGGGAUACCAGAACGUGGAGGACGAAGCGGAGACCAAGAAGGUGCUGGGGCUGCAGGACACGGUCACCGCGGAGCUGGUGGUGAUCGGAGAUGCUGCUGAGCCGGCCCCACCCAACGGCAGUGCAGCUGAGCCCCCCGCCCAGGCGGGCGCCUGCGAGGAGAGCCAGGCAGGGCCCGAGACCACCACCACCAGCGACCCCCAGGACUUGGACGUGAAGAAGCAGCGUUGUAAAUGCUGCUCGGUCAUGUGAGCCGCCUGGCCCGGCCCCGGUCCCUGCCCUGCAUUCAGAUACCCG